AUGCCAGCCGGAACAAUGUUUUCGAAAUUCAAAAACGUCAACACCCCCGUUGUCCAGCAGACUGUCAUCGAUGGCAAUCCCAUUAAACAGUAUUUUGACAUUGGCAAACAGGUUGCCUGUGCUGGGCCAGAGUUGGCAUGGAAAAUCCAUGAGGGACACCGGAAAAAUGACGGAAAGGAAUGUUCAAUAUUUGUAUUUGAGAAGAAAAUUGCUGAAAAACUGCACAAACCGAGACGCAAAGAAACCAUUACGGAAAUUUUAAAAAAUUCGGUAAAAAAUUUGGAACGAUUUCGACAUCCAAAGAUGUUGCAGGUCAUUCACACAGUUGAAGAAUCGUCUGACACUUUAGCAUUUGCCACAGAACCUGUUAUGGCCAGUUUGGCAAAUAUUUUGGCAUAUCAUGAAUCCAAAACCUAUGAAAAUGUUAUGCCACCAAACUCGGGAAAUAAUCAAAACGCCCAACCCAAUCAACCUGCAGUACCACAGAGACCUGCACACGCCAAAGAGUAUACAUUUUUGGAUAUUGAAUUGAAGUGUGGAUUUUUACAGUUAGUGGAGGCGAUAACAUUCCUUCAUUAUUCGGGGCAUGUUAUACAUCGGAACAUAUGUCCGGCAUCAAUAUUUAUAACAAAAAGGGGUACCUGGAAAUUAGGUGGCUUAGAAUUUUUAGAAAGAAUGAAUGAGACUGAUAUCAAUGACUUUAUAACAUGUCAACCAUGGACAACUCGCAUAUCAAAAAUGGCACAGCCAAAUUUGGAUUUUAUGCCACCUGAAACACAAUUACAUUCGAAAUGUAGUCUUCUCAGUGACAUGUUCUCUUUAGGUUUAGUUAUUUGUGCUGUCUUUAAUAGAGGUCGACCGAUAAUACAAUCGGGAAAUGUACCCGCCAACUAUAUCAAACAAUUGGAAGCGCUGGAUGAAAAUGUACAAAAGAUGUUGCCCCGAGUACCGGUGCCAUUACAGGAAGCCACAUCUCGUCUAGUGAAUCGAGAUCCAACAGCCCGACCGACAGCUCAACUUUUGCAGUUGAUUAAAUACUUUGUCGAUCCUGCGGUAAAUGCCCUCAAGUUUCUCGAUGUGGUUAACAUGAAGGAUACAUCGCAGAAAACCCAAUUUUAUAAAGUUACCUUAAUGGAAAGUAUGCCGCUAAUACCAAAGAAAUUAUGGUGGCAAAACCUAUGGCCAAUGUUACAAUCGGAAAUUAGCAACGGCGAAGUGCUGGCAGCUGUCCUACACCCGGUCCUUACUCUAUUACAGGAUGCAUCAAAGCAGGAAUAUGAAAGUGUUAUGGCGCCAACAAUGAAAGUCAUACUGAGCGGUCCGAAAUCAAUACAGGCCACCGUUACCCUGCUGGAGAAUUUACAUUUGGUUAUUGAAAAGACACCAGCAGCUGAUAUUGUCACCGACAUAAUGCCAAUGUUAUUUUCCUCCUUUGAAAGUUCAACCAUACAAGUUCAGAAUGCAGCAGUUGUUGCCGUAACAAACGUCUACGAUUGUAUCACAGAAAUGUCAAUUAAACGCUUAGUAUUGCCGAAGGUAAAAUCUGUUUUCGAAAAGAAUUUAAACGAUCCGAAAAUUGUGCAAAAUGUUCUCAUCUGCAUAGAAAGUCUUAUGGAUAAGAUGGACAAGCCAGAGGUCACAGAGGAAAUACUGACGAUACUUGCUGGUGUCGAAAUACCGGAUCCAGAUUUAAUUAUGCGUUCAGUGCGUAUUUAUCAAAGGCUAUUUUGCGAUUCUGCAUAUGGCUUAACAACGGAAGCGGUUGCCAAUAAUGUGUUGCCCUUGCUGAUACCGCACACCAUCAAUCCGCACUUGAAUUUGGAUCAAUAUUGCUUUUUACUGGAGGCAAUUCAUGCAUUUUUGGAUAGUAUCGAUCGCCAACAAAAGACCCGCUUGAAAAUGGAAAACCUUUCAAUGUCAUCACCGGAACGGCAUCGAACACUGCGUCAUCAGUAUUCGACAGAUAAUAUGAAUGCGAUACCACCCUUUAAUAUACCCAAUUUGCGCAUUGAUCAGCGUAAAACAUCCAGUGCCGAAGAUAUGGCCAGAAAGAAUUCUGGAGGCUCUGGCAUGUUGGGUGGCUGGUGGUUUGGCUGUUCACCAUCAUCGCCGGAUAGCAAUUUUUUGCGCGUCGCCAAUGCAUUCCCGAAUCGACGGCUCUCGGACAAUACGCUAAUGACACCCAAAAUACGUAUUGCACCAUCGUGCGCCUCAUCGCCGGGUGGUACACCGGGCAGUGGUCUGCCAACGCGUCGCCACUCCAGCAUAGGACCACAGGAGAGACGUGGCUCAACCAUAAAUCUAUCGCCGCCUACGGCAUAUGGUUUCGGUGCAAGAGGUGGCUCAGGAUCAAGUCUUUCGGUUCCCUCAUCGUCUGUCUAUGUA